CGUUUUUCGAAUUUGAAGUAGGAAAUAUUGUGUUUCAACAAAAGUGAAAAGUAAUUUAUUGUAGGUGACUGUGUUGCAUUGCUUAGUAUACCUAAUCAUUCGAAACAUUAGAAUUGUUUCACCAUGCCAAAAGUACUCCUGGAAUUAAACAAAUCUGUGGUUUAUAAGCAAAUAGAAAAAGAACUAGGAAAAACGCGAGACGAGAUAGAAAGCGAUGUUAACAUUAUUCAAGAAUGGUUGGAUACACAACCUCAUCUACCCGAAAAACCAAGUGCGGAAUUGAUACAAUCAUUUUUAUUAUUCAACAAGUUUAGUAUUGAGAGAGCUAAACAAAAAUUGGAUAUGUAUUACACCAUAAGAGGGCAUCUUCCAGAAAUGUUUUCCAAGCAUCCUUGUUCUCUUGAUAUGGAAAAGCAAGCUAGGAUCUCAUAUGUGAUACCUCUACCAAAAUUUUCACAAGAUUGCAGAAGAGUAAUAUAUUCUAAAUUCUCGGAGGAGCUCAAUGCAGAAAAUAUACAUUUUGAUAGAUUUGUUUGUCAUAUCUUCAAUGUUUUUGAAAUAAUGCUGCGAGAAGAUUUAUUUUUAGGUGCCCAUUUCAUAUUCGACUGCAAUAAUUUCAAAUUAGCCUUCAUGACCAGGAUGAAUCCUAUGGUUAUCAAAAAGGCUUCGGUUGUUAUGGAGAAAGUAUUUUCUAAUAGAGUAACGUCCAUCAACAUCGUAAACUAUCGCUCAUCUUUUGAAACGAUGUUAAAUCUAAUGAUGAACCUCCUGCCUGAGAAAGUUCGAUCUAGGAUACAAGUCCACAAAGACAGUGAAGCUUUGUUCAAAGUAUUUCCCAAAGAAAUUUUGCCCAAAGAUGUUGGUGGAGACGAAGAUUCGCUUGGCGAGUUAACGGAGCUUUGGAUUCAAAAACUUAAAGAAAAUAAGGACCUCUUUGAUCAACUGGGAACUAUGCGUGUAGAUGAAUCCAAACGACCCACAAAAUUGGUGAACGAUGAUGUCCUUGGAUUUUAUGGAAACUUUAAGAAACUUGAUGUAGACUAGCCAAUUAUCUGUGAUUUUAAUUGAUUGAUUGAUUUGAUUUAAAAAGAAGAUGGAACUGAACUUUAGUUAUGUUUAGUAUCUCGCAUUUUCGCGAAAAGUGUCCACUUUUGCAUUGAAUUUAUAAUUUUUGAUUUAAAUAAAAGGAAAAU